CAGCCAAUGCUCCAAUGGCAAUUUUGACGUCGCAGCGAACGGUUGUGUCUUGUUUCCGUCGAGUUGUAGAGGGGUUAAAGCACAGCUAAGUGGCCAAUUUGUUGUACUGAGUCAGAGAACACAUUUUCCAAUUGAAUAAAAUAGCGCUUUAAGUGAAUCAAUUAUAGAAAUCUUCGAAUAUAAAACGGAAACAACGAAUUCGUGCUCACAGCCAAGGCGGUAUUAUACGCUCUUAAUAACCAUACAAAGAAUAAAAGCAAACGAAAUCAAGUGAGGAAAAAAAAUUCGCUGAAGAAAAAUCAUUAGCGAGAAGGUGAACAAGCAAAUUAUUGAUUUUCCGUGACGAAACAGCAGAAUAAAGAGAACAUAAGAGCGUCAGCUGAGGUGAAAGACGACAGUGUUAAAAAAGAGAGAGAAAAAAAAACACAUUACGAAAAUUUGUUUUAACAAAAAUAUUGUAAAAUAACACAAAUAUUGCUAAUUAACAACAACAAAAGUUAAAACGGUGUUUGUUCUUGUUGUUGACUCGUAACAGCAGUGAAGUAGUUGAAAAUAUAUGUAAAGAGGCUCCCGAACAGCCGCUGAACAUAAAAAAGUAACCAGUGUGCGAGAAAUUUAAGAGCUAAGCGGCGACUUUUGCAGCGGAAGUGCAUUUACAUUCAGGUCACGCGUUGCGCGCACACACUCACGUACGCACUCGACUGCCGUCAGAAGGGAGUUGCAACAGCAGCAAAGGCGAAAUAGCAACUGAUAAACCAAUAACAAAAACACCAGUACAGUAAAAGAAAGAAAACAAGCAAGCUCAAGCCCAAACGCCGACACAACGCCAGGAGUGACACAUCAGCACAGUUUGGCCUCAGCCACAGACACACACACACGCAUACACAAACAUAUCGACUACCACAAGUGCCACUCAUUAUACAGCCACCAAGCACCUGUGCAACAAGCAAUACAAGAACAAUAAAAGCUACAACAAAUCACCACACGAAUUCUAAAGCCAAUUGAAAAAGAAGAAAGGGAAAGUAGCAGCAGUUGCAGGAAACAAAAUUCGUUUGUUGGUGUUGAAGUGUUGAGUUGCUUUGAAGAUGCCGCAGUCCGAAGGCGGCUACACGGCGCUCGAUAGCGCCGGCACCAAUGGUCCCGAUGGCAGUGGUGGCGCCAUCUAUCAGUCCACCACAGAGCCGACCGGUCCACACUCGGUUUUCGAAUCGAUGAAACGCGCUAUUGGUCAGGUGGUCGGCACAACAAAUGGUAGUUCCCAGGAUACCGACGAUUUGCUAACGACGACCAAUGGCCGUCAGGCCACCAUUGUUGGAUCAAGUGUUUAUUUCAGAGACCGGGACAAAAUCGGUAAGCCACUGAACACGAAGAUGCCAUCUGCGCCGACACACACGGCCGAGGAGGCACGUCUGUUGGGCACCAUGCCCGUCGAUCCUAUGGACGAUAUUGAAUUGCGCUCUGUGUGGCUGCAAUUCCCAUACACACGCGGCUCCACAUUGCAGGCAUGCGAGCAACGUCUUGUGCCCACUGAUAAGGGCGAUAUACACGUGUCCGUGCAGGGCGACACUACAAAGCCGGCAAUUUUGACGUAUCAUGAUCUGGGAUUAAAUUAUGCUACUAGCUUUGCUGGAUUUUUCAACUUUCCGCCACUUCGCAGUUUGCUUGAGAAUUUCUGCGUCUACCAUGUGACAGCUCCUGGGCAAGAGGAAGGAGCACCUACAUUGCCAGAAGAUUAUGUCUAUCCAACCAUGGAUGAAUUGGCCGCUCAGCUGGUUUUCGUGAUGUCGCAUUUUGGUCUCAAAUCAGUGAUCGGCUUCGGAGUUGGCGCUGGCGCCAAUAUACUGGCACGCUUCGCCCACAACCAUCCGGAUAAGGUCGGCGCCUUGGUGCUCAUCAAUUGCGUUUCGACACAGUCCGGCUGGAUCGAAUGGGGCUACCAGAGUUUCAAUACACGCUUCUUGCGUACCAAAGGUAUGACUCAGAGCGUCAUCGAUUAUUUGAUGUGGCACCAUUUGGGCCGCAAUCCAGAGGAGCGCAACUACGAUAUGGUGCAAAUGUUUAAGCAACACUUUGAACGUGGCGUCAAUCCCACUAACUUGGCCAUGUUCAUCAAUUCGUACAUACAUCGCAACGAUUUGAAUAUUACACGUACACCACCUGGCACUCCCGGUACACAGCCAUCGUCGUGCACACUGAAAAUGCCGGUUAUUAAUAUUACUGGCGCCUUGUCGCCACAUGUCGACGAUACUGUUACCUUCAAUGGGCGCUUGGAUCCAACAAACUCAUCUUGGAUGAAGAUCUCCGAUUGCGCCAUGGUGAUGGAGGAACAGCCGGCGAAAUUGGCCGAGGCCUUCAGGCUUUUCCUGCAGGGCGAGGGCUACGCCACGCCGCUCUCCACGCCAGCCACCUCGCCAUGUGGCACCAAGUAUCAGACCUACUCGUCCAUCUUCUUCGCCAACUUCAAGGAGCAGCAGGAGAAGGAGCGACGCGAACAGCUAGCUGAGCAACAACAACAACAGCUGCAGCAGCAGCAGCAGCAGAAACAACAAAAGAAGCUGCGCAGCAAUGUGCGCCUCUGUCGCGAAACUGCCAUUAACAACAACAACACCACGAAUACCGGUUACGCCUCGAGUAGCGGCGACGCCUCCGGCGGCGAGUCCGACGGCAACGGCAAUCAGUCGAUUGAACGCGAACGCCACUUGCCCGCCUGCGACAUGCAGAAGGAUUUGGACGACUUGGACUUCGAGGCGGAGCCGGAGGUGAGCGUCAAUGGCACAGCAUACACGAGCGCGCAGAAGAUGCGCAUCACGGAGAAUCCACUGCCGGAGGCUGUCAGCUGUUAGAUGAAAGCGAUAUCAAGUUACAACACCUGAAGAGACUAGUGAGCGAGAGCGCAGAGUUAGAAGUGAAGAAAGGCAGCGCAAGUCAACCGAAAAGUAAGUGAAAUGUUGUGCGAGUGUAAAGUAGCGGAUGAGUAAGCGAAGCUGCGUGUUGUGCGUAGUAAAAAUAUAUCAUUCAAGAAUUGCUGCGUUUCUUUAAGUCAAAGACUUGAAGACGUGCAUCAUUGCGCUCAGAGGCCUAUUGUAGUAAAAUAAAUUGCAUAUUAAAACUAAAAAAAGAAAAUACACAAUUUUCGUAAGCGGCAUUAGUGCACGCGCGCAUUUGACACCAACAAGCUGCUGAGGCUAUGCGCCACACAUACAUACGUAAGUGCAAAAAAUUAAUAACGAGCGAAAUAUCACUGCUGCAGCCGAAACCGCCCAUAAACAUGUAGAAACCAAAAAUUUAUUGUCAUUAUUAAAAAAAAUUAUGACAGACAUUAUUUAAAAUAAUUUUGUUUUGAUUAUACUCAGAAAAAAAAUAUAAUGUUAAAAAUAUAGUUAAGAUUUUUCCUAAAUGUCGUCCCUCUAUUUUGCCUUGGCCGAAAAUUAAACACAUGUUUAUUCAACUAUUUUGAAAAAUGUGCAUAAAAAUAACUUAUUUUAAGCAAAAGUGCCGGAUUUUAAAUUAAAAAAAGUAGUUUGUUUAGUUUUGUAGGAAAAAUGGCAUAAAAUAACACUGUAAAAAAUAUUUUUUUCCUAUUAUUUGUCAAAAAAAAUAUUAAAUAGCUAUAAUUGGCAUAUUCAAUUUAUAAAAUAUGGUCACAAAUGAUUCGAAAAAGAGAGUAUGUUAGCUAGCAUUGCAAUUAUAAACCAAAAAUUUAAGUAAAAGAAAACAAAUUAACCCAAAACCAUAAAAAAAAAUUAAUUAAAUUUCGGCUGAAGUUUAGUUCUGUAAAUUCGUGAAAAAUAAAUAAAUUUAUAGAAAAUGUUCCCAUUUUAUGGGAAAAAUACUCAUUUUCUUAGCAGCAACUCUUCAUUCGUUGACAUACAUGGCGUAUACGCAACACAAGCAUUUAGCACUGGAGCAGCGCAGUUGCAAAGUGGAUUUUGAUCAGAAAAGCACACGGUAAAUGGAAUUUAUAACUUUAUUGUUCAUUAAAUGAAAGAAAAUCUAAGAGAUUUGAAAAUAUUAUAAUUAUAUUUCAAACACCGUUGGCGGGUGGAAAUGUUUAUUAAUUUCUAGAAAAUGUAUGUAUGUAUGUAUGUGUAUAUAAAUUAUGCCAAUACAAUAUUCAUUCUUAAAAUAUUGGAAAUAAUAUCUAUUUCUUAAUGUUCAGCAUAGUUCUACUUCCAUCUGUCAUUUAUCUCUUCAAUCCUCAAAUAAUAAAUUUUUAGCUACAAUCUGAAGAGAAAUCAUUUCAGAAAGUAACAACCUUAGAAAAUCUAAAUAAGGUUUAUAUAUAUCGUCACUUAAAAUGUAAAAUAACGUAUUAUUAAAAAAUUCGAAUUCGAGUUUUUUAUUGAUUACCAUUAACUACAUCAUUUUUUAUAUUUGUAGCUUAAAUUUUUCGGAUAUAACCAAUAUGUAACCAUUUUAUACCCAAAACUCAAAUUUUGUUUCAACAUGAGUUUAUGAUAACCACUAUAUAACCAUUUUAUAACAAAAAAUAUGAGUGUAUGAUAACCAAUAUAUAACCAUUUUAUACCCAAAACUCAAAUUUUGUUUCAAUAUGAGUGGUUUCUUUUGUAUCAUUUUUUCAUCCCCUGUAAACUUUUAAUAAGUGAUGUAAACGUAUUUUGCACUUUAGGUGACGAUAUAAGUACACUAUAUAUCCAUAACAAAAUCCACUUUUCAAUUAAGCUGCUGUGCCUCUGGCAUCAAAAACAAAUCGAAAUAAUAACGGAAAUUAAACAGAACAAACCCCACAAUGUACUUACAUACACGUAUUUAUAUCAGCUUAAUUUGUUUCAUUUCACUUUGUGCCUGAAAUAUUUUAUGAUUACUUAUAUUGUAAUGAAGAAAAACACCGUUAAAUAAGUUAACUUAUAUUUGAAAAACAAAUAAAAAUAAAUAAAAGCGAAAAACCAGGAGAGUUGAACAAAGUGCAGGGAUUGAUGAAAAUCGAUAAUAACGGUUAUAGUUAUGAGGUAGCUGAUUGAGCGGAAAAUUAUAAAAUAUAUUAACGAGCUUUCUUGUUGCAAGCGAUUUUUGCUUAUUGUUGAAUUUAGCUAAGCAAAUGAUUAUUUUAAGCUACACAAACAAAGCAAAUUGGAAUAUUUUAAGUACUCACACACACAUACAUACACACAGCUGCAUUCACACACAGUUAGGGCAGCUGCAGAAUAUGAAGAAAAUAGUUUAGUAAGUAUUUCCUUUCGAAAUCAAUGUAGUUACACACAAAUACUUGAAACUCAACGAAAGCUUAAGCGAUUGAAGCUUUGAAGCUUUGUAAGGUGCAGUAGGCGACAAGCGAUUGUAGAUAUGAGUAAAUAAAAUUUAUGUAAUUAAAUACAACGCUGUUAACGGAAUGUGUAGCAAAAACAAAUUUGUUCAAACAAAGAAAAAUAUAAAGAAAAUAUUAUUAAAACUAAAAAAGUAAAAAAAAUAAAAAUAAAUAAAUAAAAUAUGCAAAACACUAAAUAUCGACAUACUUUAAAAGUUAACUGUAAUUACUUUAUGUGCUAGUAAAACGAAUUGAGUAAAGUCCUUGAAAUGAGGUGUAUUAUUUGUGAACUGUUCUACUGUGCGUAUACUUUGUUUUAGAGCGGAAAUCUUGAUCCUUGCAUAUCAAAAAAUAUGAAAUGAAAUUAACUAACACUAAAUACACAAAGAAAAAUAUGAGAAACACAAGCUUUUCGGUUAUAGUAAAAUGAAGAAACAUAGGUACAUAUGCGUGUUCGGCGUGGGAGGUGGAGCGAAGAGCUACUUCUGGAAAUAAAAAAUGAUAGAAUAAAGCACUAUUGUUAGAUUUAGGAAAGAUAAGAGCUUUUGGCUUAAAAACGAAAUAAGCUUUUCUGUGCUUGAAAGGAAGACUACCAUGAGUACCAGAGGAAAACCCUGCUUGUCGAGCACUUCUGUUUUCAGAGAUUGGAUCCACAUAUUCAAGGAAGUGAAGACCAUACAUCACAACAGUAUAGCCAAGAUGAUCUGUUACUUCUUAUUAAGGGUCAUACCGAAGCCACCAGAAUGUUCUAAAAAUGUAAGAAAAUGCAUCACUAGCUUAUGGUAAUAAACUGGCUUUUGAAAUAAAAGGAACAAACUUCUUAUGGAAGAGAGAACAACUUUUUAUACUCAAAGCUCAGAUUGUACCACAGUGAGAACUUUCUUUCUCCUUUCUUUCCUUUUAUACUAUAGUGAGAAACUUCCAAUUCUUAAAUGGAUAUAAGCUCAUUCGUCCUCCUUCCAUUAUCGCAAAUAUAUGUACAGCUACUAACAAAAUCAACUCCAUUUAUCGAUAUAACGAUAACUGAUAAAAACAGCGAAAACCAACUUUUUUUUUGUUUAUUUCUAAAAUUUUGCUAAAUUUUUGUGUAAAAUGUUAGAAAAAAAAUUAAAAAAAAAUGUUGUUCUCCCUUGAAUGUUGGAACUGUUUUCACACACAUAUGCUCGAUACACGAAGACUCAAAAUGUUAUCGAUAAACAAAACUUCAGCAAACAAUGAAAGGAUGAAAACGAAUACAAAUUGGACAGACAUAACAAACUACCCAAAAGCAUAAAAGACAAAAAAAAACUAUGAAAUAAAAAUAAA